UGUAAGUAAGCGCAUUGUAUUUGUGUUUUGGUGUGUGAGAUUGAUAAAGAGUGCCUGGGACAAUCAGGGUGGAGAGGAAAUGGUGACACCCUGAGAGAGAGAGAGAGGUGGAGAGAGAGAGGGAAGGGCUUUUUUUGCUGUGGCCCUCUGAAGGAUAGAGAGGCAUAGAAACAAAGAGAGAGAGAGAACCUGGGAACAGGAGAGGAGAGCUUGGCUCAGGUUGCAUCCAACAAAGAGUUUGUCUGAGAGCAGAGGGGAGAGAGGGAGGACGACUGAGAUGAUGGGGAGAGAGUGAAAGUUAGGGAAGAAGAGAAAGAAGGAAUGAUUGAGGAAAAGCAGGUGAAAGGAGGGAAGAUUAAAAAAAGGAAGCCACUUGAAGGAAGCAAAAGGUGAAGAGUGAAAGUUGGAGUAAUCUGAGAGAGGAGACGCACGAACGCCGGCCACAAAACCUGGUGGUGUCACGUUUCUGUCGAGCAGGAUAACCUCAGUGUGUUUCUACGCGGCUGUGAGGAGUUGGGACUGAAAGGCUCCCAGCUGUUUGACCCUGGAGACCUGCAGGACACGUCGACACGUCCCACCGCCAAGGGAAGCGACUGCAGCCGAAAGCUCAAGAAUGUUCUAAUCACCAUCUACUGGCUGGGUCGUGCUGCUAACGGCUGUACCUCCUACAACGGUCCCACGCUGGACCUGAAAGAGUUUGACGGCCUGCUGUCACAGAUGCGAAAGGAGGCGGAGGAGGCAGAGAGCCCUAAACGCAGCAUCCGGGACAGUGGCUACAUCGACUGCUGGGACUCCGAGCGCAGCGACUCUCUCUCCCCGCCACGCCACGGCCGCGAGGACUCGUUCGACAGUCUGGACUCCUUCGGCUCACGCUCACGACAGACCCCGUCGCCGGACGUCCUGGUCCCCCGCGGCAGCAGUGAUGGCCGCGGCAGUGACUCAGAGUCUGACGGCGCCCCCCACAGGAAGAUGCCAGACGUCCGUAAGGAUGACAUGUCGGCACGCCGGACGUCCGUCAGCGAGCCGCGAACCGCCAUGCCCUUCAACCAGUACCUGCCCAACAAGAGCAACCAGAGUGGAUACAUGCCCACGCCGCUCCGCAAGAAGAAAAACGAUAAAGAGGAGGGAGCACGCAAGAGCUGGAGUACUGCUACUUCCCCUGUAGGGGGAGACAGACCAUUCAGUACUCCAGCUCGCUCGUGCUCAGAGGAACUCUUCCAGCAUUCGGCGACUCUAGCAGCAAACGUCGCUGCAACCCCCGUGGUUGCAACGAGCCCCGUCGUCACCUCCGGGAAACGUCCACCUGCGACGGAGCAGCAGGAGGAGGCAGCGGCCGCAAAGACGGGAACCGCUGGAGUCCCGUUAGUCGCAGAUGCAGAGCGAGAUGAGAAGCGGGCCCGUCAAACGCUGACCUCUCCCAAACAGAGUCCCCCCCGCUUCCUUCCUGUGCCCGCUCCCGUGGCAACCACCACUACAACAGCAACAACCGAUACAGGCCGACGGAAGGGAAGGGCGCUGAGUGAAAGUGACGACCAACAAGGAGGACACUCUUGGUUGGACAGCAGUCUUCCAGCAACAUUCAGCCGCACACAUAGUGUGUCAGAUGACCCACAGAGUGUGAGUAUGAUCGACAUGCGUGGCGAGGAGGAGGGCAUCUUGCAGCCCCACAGUCAGGUGCGUCAUGAGCUGAUGCACAACCAGUACAACAUGAUGAAGGAAGAGGACGAUCACUGGCAGGACGACCUGGCCAAAUGGAAAAACCGGAGGAGGAGUGUCUCCCAGGACCUGAUCAAGAAGGAGGAGGAGAGGAAGAUGAUGGAGCAGUUGAUGUCAGGAGACCCCUGCAUCUCCCAGAGGAGGAGAAGCAUCAAGACCUACAGGGAGAUAGUGCAGGACAAGGAGCGUCGUGAGGGUGAGCUGCGGGACGCGUACAAGAGAGCCAGAACCCCAGAGGAGGCAUCCUUCAUCCUCUCACGUUACGCCCAGCGUUUCUCCAUCAGUGAAUCAGUCCUGGAACGCCUACAGUUGCCAAAGCUCCUGGACCGCAGCAUAUCUGCUGAUCCCUCCUUACCCUGCUCGCCCUUCCCUCUCUCCCUCUCCCUGACCGCCUCCCCAACCACCCCUGACCCCUUCGACGUGGACCCCAACGGGCCCAUGAGGUAUCUUCGCCAGCAGUCCGCCCCGGCUCCGAAGUUCACGUCCACACUGGAGGCCCGAAUCGAGGAGUUUCCCAAAGACUCCUCGCACCAGCGGCCUCAGAUUCGCUCUCGCUCGUCUGAGCCCCCAUCCACUAGAACCCUGUCGCCCAAACCGGUGCCUUUGCUGAUGCCCAAGCCUUACUUCCAGCCUCGACCCACGGCGGCUGAACCAUGUCCCAGCAAGGCGGAGGGUUUGCUCCGAGUCAACGGCGACAUAGGAAGUGACGACGUUCCCACCACGCCUGAGAGUCUAGGAAGGGAAUCUCCUCCUCAUUUCCAGGCGUCCCCUUCCAAAACCAGCAACAGCACCGUAGAUGCGCCCUCGUCAGCACCCUCGCCAACACGCAGUCCACGCACCUCAACCGGAGGAGGAAGCCCCGAGUCAACAAAGACCAAGGAGGCACAAAGUGGCACAGAACCGACUUCAAAGGACGUCCAAGAAGAGAAAGUCAUCGAGCAUUCGACGCCACCAAGCCGGCCCACCUCGCUCCCAUCGGAGCUGCAGAAGCCAGAAGAAAGCUUUGGGAAGACGGGGAGCCAGUCAGUAGCUGCUCCAGAGGAGAAGAAGUCAAAUGCUGCAGCUCAACAAAUGCCACCUGCAGAAGCCAAACAAGAACAACAAAAACCUGAACCAUCUGUUCAAAGCAUCUCCAAUGUUGUCCAAUCAGGAUUCAGCACACAGCAGAGUCAGCCAGUAACUUUACAGGCCGGUGUUCCCUGUUUCCAGGAGUCGUCACAGAGAAGAGAGAACGUACCGAGCUUGGCUACACCAGAAUCAUUUGAAUAUCAGCCGCCAAGGGAAACGACAGCAGAGUUUGCAAACAGUGUCAGGUCUCCGCUGGCAACCAGCAACCCUAAGUUACGCUGGGAGUUCUUCGUCCCGCCAGAAGAGAUGGAGAAGGAUCGGCGUGGAAACGUGUCAGUGCCGGUGUUGCCCCAGGCCAGGCGGGGCGACCGCUGGUCUUGGGACCCGGAUGAGGAGCGAAAGCGUCAGGAAAGGUGGCAGCAAGAGCAGGAGCGCAUGCUGCAGGAGAAGUACCGGCGCGAGCAGGAGAAGCUGAAGGAAGAGUGGGAGAAAGCACAGAGGGAGGUGGCAGAGGAGGAGAGGAAGUACCACGAGGAGGAGCGUAGGAUAUUGGAGGAAACUGUGGCACCUCUGACUCCCCGCUCCUCAGCCCUGCCGUCCCCCAGCCGAGGGGAGAUCUCCUCCACCUCGGAGCCCCAGGACACCAUCGUCCGUUCGCUGGCCGACUGGGAACGCAAGCAGGAGCUGCUGGAGAGGCAGUCGAGGGGGAGCACAGAGAGUGUCGAAUGGAAACGGAGAGAAAACGACAGAACCAGUGACAUCAGCACCGCUGACGACAGCAUGAAAACAGGCAGAAGCUCGGUGAGUCAGAUCAGCAGUCAGGCAGAGACACACAGUCUGCAGAACGGCCAAAAACUUCCUACGAUGCCGACCAAAACCUCGACUCCAGUGAAGAAGCAAGAAGAGCCGUCAGCCGACAGCAACAAGCCCAGCCGGCCUGCAGGAGACAGGAGGAGUGCUCCCAUUGAUAAUAACAUGUGCCGCAGCUCAUCAAAACCCACCGCAGCAUGUCCACCAUCUCCAGACACACUGCCUCCAGCACCCAACAGGUCUGUCAGCGGGAAGAAGCUGUGCUCCAGCUGUGGGCAGGCGUUGGGGAAGGGGGCGGCCAUGAUCAUAGAGACCCUCAGUCUUUUCUUCCACAUUCAAUGCUUUAAGUGCGGGGUGUGUAAGGGACAGUUAGGCGACACGACUACGGGGACGGACGUCCGGAUCAGAAACGGCCUCCUCAACUGCCACCAGUGCUACAUCCGCUCCCGCUCGGCCGGACAGCCAACCACAUUGUGACGCUCAACAGACAAGCACAAGGUUCACGGAAGAAACCCCAUCCCUGUUUUUAACCCGAUUAUCUGCAAAUCAUGUCCUUCACAGCGUGUCGGGAUCUUUGCAUCCUCUGCAGCUCAAUAACCAAUGAAGAUUCAUCACGGGGGCCAAACAGGGGAUCUAGGGACAGUCAAAAAAUAUAUAUAUAUAUUCUUCGUGUUUAUGUCAUCUGAUACGUGAGUGAAAUCUGGAUUUGAUUGGUCCACGUACCACCACAGACUCUGUUCCAUCAUGCAGCGAGUGAGAGAGAGAGAGAGUGAGAGAGAGAGAGAGAGAGAUACUGUUCUGGGGUGGUGGCCAUGUUGAAGAUAAAACACAAUAACAUAAGCAGAUGCUUCAAACACAGGUAGGCUAUAAUGUUUACGUCCUACACUGUCAGAGUGAACACAAAAAGACAAUAUGGUGUUCAAGUCUGUAGCUAAGUAGAAUUCAAGUCCAUAUGACGGAAAUGCAGUUUAUCACUUAGUUACUGAUCAUUUUUGUCAUUUAAGAAAUAUUUUCUUAAUUUGGAUAAAAAUCCUAAAACAGGAGAGAAAACUUAAUAUGUCAUCAGGCAGCUCAGAUUUGGAUUUUUUUUUUAUUUCUCUAAACAGACUGGAUCUGAGAAAUAUGAAUAAUGGUAUGCCCCAAAUUAAAACAAAAAGAUAUGCAGAAACUGCAUUUAGAAAGUGCAGUAAAGGACACUAUAAACCUUCACAGUGACCCCCUAAUGUCUCUUGUUCUGUGCUCCUGAAUACAAUUAGCUUCUAAUAUAAACACAUAUUAUGGAUGUAGUUUCAUCUUUAGGGCAAUAACACGACUUGUGAGCUGUUUUUGUGCUUCAUGGGUCACAGCAGGUUGCUCCUCGGCCAGCCUGUCCGCUUGGAAAGUCGGGACUUUAAUGUGCCUUAGGAAAACGCAAGGUGAUGCAGGAAAACACACACCAGCCGUAUGGUGAUUUAUUUCUCUUUUAUUUUUUUUAUUUUUUAUGGGUGUAGGGAGGGAUUUGGCCAAAUUGAAAACCCUUAAACUGCAGACAGACAGGCUGCAGCCCUCCCUUACAUCACGCUUUACUUCACUUGCUUAUUUUACAUAAACAACGCCCUUAAUUUCAUAUUCCCUCCUGUGAUACCCUCAGUGAUUUGCAGUGAUAAAAGACCAGUGCAAAGGAAUACAUUUGUUGUCUAUUUGGAGAAAUAUAUCCUGCAGGGGAGAACAUUGAUUUUAAUUUUGAAUGUUGUUUUAUUCUAGAGAGAUAGAGACUUCUGUAUGCUAUUAAUUGAGGUAAUUUUGAUAAUUGCUCAGUGGUAGGAUUCAUUUAUAAAAUUUACAAAAAAUCACAUAAGAGCAGAGGUAAUAUGAACACUCGUACCAGCAGCAGUUGCACCUGUGCAAUAUUUGGUUGGAUGAAAACUAAAGAUCUGUGCCGCCAGCUGGACAUUUUACUUACUUCUUUCUUUUUCUUUUUGGACUUGUAUGAGAAGAGCUCGGUUAUAUAUUGUGGAUGUAAAAACAAAUGCACGUUUAAGCCUAAAACCAAAUGAUUUGCUGUAUGAAAGCAAACUAGCAGCAUCCUCCUCCUCCUCCUGAACAGCGUCCUAUAGCCAGGCUUCUCCUCCGGGUUCACCUCUCUCAUCUACAGUAUUUUAAGCUUCUGUUCCGGUUGUGUAUUUUAUUUUUUAUCCUCAUUUAGUUGCUGAAUAAAUCUCGGCUGAGUCUCUUCUAGCGGGAUCUUUGAGACAGAGCUCCAUAAUAUUCAGACGGUCUUCUUAACAGGAUGGUUGGGGAAUGAAACCUUCACGUCUGUUCUGUAUUUAUUGUAAUAUUCACCUGAACACUAUCCGAAAUAUAGAUUCAUUUGAUGUUUAAAUGCAAACGGCAUUUAUAGCAUACUGUAUGUUUAUAAAUAAAAUGUUAUAAAUUAAAA